AUUCGUUGCUUAACCAGACGAAAGAUUUUUUUGCCCAGCAACAGUUCGAAACUAUAAGCGAUUUCAUUUUUUCGGAAAUUAAAAAAUUAGAUGAAAUACAAUGGCAAUAAACAAUAUUAUCUUGGAACUUAAAUUUAAAAUAGAUAAAACAACUGAAGAAGAUGUUCAAAAUGCUGCAAAAGAAAUUGCACUUAUAUGUUUGGGUGAAAAUUUUUCGACGCUAACUGAUGUCCAAAUAAGCCAGCACCCAUUAGACCGAUUGCUGUUGUUCAUGUCCCAGCUGGGAAACCAUUUAACGGUAAGGUUUUACGAUACUGGAAUUGCAACUGUUGACAUUCAAUAUUCUAUAGAAAAAAAGCUGGAUAAAUUCAUAGCAGUAAUGAUAUCCGAGAAGAAUGAUACUUACACACCAGCUUUAGCAAGGUUAUAUGAUCAAGAUUAUCAGGGGAAAAAAGUAUUGAUUUUAGGCGGGGGAGACGGAGCUCUUCUUUAUAGUCUUGUGAAGAAAAACGCUUCUUUCGUAACUUUAGUUGAAAUUGAUAAAGAAGUUAUAGACGCAAGUAGAUGUUAUUUGAAAAAACUUUGCAAUUGGAACGAAUUAGAAAAGUAUACUAAUUACGAAAUAAUAAUAGACGAUUGUUUGGUUGUAUUGAAAGAUAGUUUUAGAAAAUCUCUAACUUAUGAUAUAGUCAUAAAUGAUUUAACUGAAUUUCCUGUUCAAAUGGAAAAAAACGGAUUUACAUAUGACAUGGAAUUCUCAAAACAGGUUAUGGAGUUGUCUGUAAGUGUUUUGAGUGAAAAAGGCGUCUACCUCAGUCGGGGUAACUGUGUAAAUGCUAAAAAUUAUCAUGAAAUAAUAAUUCAAAAUAUAUGUGGUCUUAACUGCAAGUUUAAAUGUGAGGACACGUUUGUUCCCUGCUUCCAUGAGUCUUAUCGUUUUUAUAAACUUUGGAAAUGA